GCUCUCAUCAUCUGUAUUCCUCCAUUUCUUUGCUCACAUCAAUUCUGUAGAUACCUUGUAUAUAUCUUUCGACAUCAUGGGCUCCGACAGGGCCAAAUUCUGCGAUCUGUGUGAACAGAGCAUUAAACCAUGCGGCUGGGUCACUCACCAGAAAGCCUGCGAGAAGAACUCCCAGAAACGAGCCCAGGAUCAGCACAUUGCAGACUCAAUUAGGCAGCGAAAAGCAGGUCUUCUUGGUCCUGGUUCCAAUGGUACUGCUGUCAAUGUGGUGGUGGGUCACAGUCUCAAUCCGCAGCUCAAGACACAGGUCCAGCGAGACCCUUCAGCAUCAAGUUUCCAUGAUGUCGAUAAUCCGGGCCCUUAUUUUGAUGAGCAACUGGCUAUCCCUGAUGAUGACAGGGACCUUCAGUAUUGUGAAUAUCAGCUUGAUGACAUCAAGGUUGAGCACCAUCCCAAGAGUGGGAUCCCAACCAAAAUCUUUGCUUUCAGUGAUUUCAUGCAUCACCCUGCACAUCAUUCCUCAUGGUCUGCUCCAGAACCUAAUGCAAAGCCUUGGUGUCCUUUCAGGUCUCAUUUGGAGUUCAAUAUUGCUGAAAUUGCCCUCAAAGUGGCACUCAAUAAUGAGCAAACAGACUGUCUCAUUGAUAUAUGCUGUUGCUGCGCAGUGCAGUCAGAGAAAUUCAUGUUCAAGAACCACAAGGACAUUUGUGCCAAGUGGGAUGCAGUUUCUCAGCGCCUUACAUGGUUUACAAAGGAUGUGAUUUCGAUACCCUUCACAGAUAAAACAUGGGACUUUGACAUCUACUAUCGUGAUCUUUGGGAGUGGGCUACUGACCUCCUCUGUGAUCCUCAUCUGUUUCCUUAUUUUCAUUUUGAUGCCCAGUGCUUGGCGAAGUUCAACAGCCAGUCUUUUGAACGAUUUGUAGACAAGCCUUUUACUGCUCAAGACUUUUGGGAUGCUCAAUUGCAGCUGCUGCAUAGCAUUAAGCCCCUUGCCUUCAUAUUGUACACUGACAAAACAAAACUAUCUAUGAACUUACCCACCCACAUUUGCAACAGUCAAGGAAUGGGUGGUGGUUACAUUGUUGGGUGGCUUCCUGUGGUGAAGGAAGAUAAAGCCCAUGCUGGCUUGCUGGCAUGGGCUAACUUCAAGGCCACAGUAUGGCAUAAAUCCUUUGAAAGGAUACUGUCUUCACUCACUGCAAAAUCAAAAACUGGUCAAUGGUUGGAGUGUCUAGAUAUUGUUCAGCACUGGUUUUUCCUGCUAAUACUCAUUUUAUCUUCCAAUUUUGAGGAACAGUCAACAAUGGUGCUUACUUGCGGUGUUAGGGCCUUAUGGCCAUGCCCAGUCUGUCUUGUUCCCCAUGAUAAACUUUCCGAUAUGUUGCACUGCUAUCCAUGGCACACAUCUCGUGACUCGGAGGCUAUUCUAGCAACCACACGAGAAAGGGAGACUGCAGAAGAGAGGGAGGAGGUAUUGAAAGACUAUGGACUUCAUGAUGUUGUUAAAAUGUCUCAAGUAGACAAGAGUUAUCAAGCAUUUCCCCACUGGCAAGACCAAAAACAUCCAAACCAGGUCAUGAAUAUCUUGUUUACCGACAACUCCAUGCAUGAAGACAUUUUGAAGGUUCUUAAUUUCUUUCACUCUACCUCGCAUCUACUAAAAUAUCACUACCAGAUGAUACAAUACAUUAACAAAACAGUCAAGAGUGACAAGAACUGGAAUUUCCCGAAGUUGCACAUGGGCUCACACAUUUUUGAUGAUGUUGAGGCAAAAGGAGCAACACGCAACUACAAUACCAAGCUGAACGAGAAGAUGCAUGGCUCAUUAAAGGACUUGUAUUUGCUGCACAUGAACUUUCAUGACAUAGCAGAACAGGUGGCUGCAGAUCAUAUAUGCCACUGCUUAUUCAAAUUCGAUGAUCAUCAACGCCAAUUUGAUGAAGAAGACUUACUGGAGGAAGAAGACUUCCUUGCCACUGUUGUUGAGCACCCUGUCUUGAUGAGUAACUCCUUUCACAUGAAACUCGGAUUGAAGCAACCUCCACUGACCUUUGAUGUGAUUCAGAUGGCUCAUCAAGCAGACCAAGCCUUCAUUAAUUUCUGUGUCAAGCUCAAUGAUUUUCUCAAUAUUACAGAGCACCGCUUUAUUCGCAUCAACUAUGAAUUGAUGGUCAAUUGGCAUCAAAAUACAGACUAUCUUCAUUCCAACCCUCAUUUCUUUGGUUCACCACACUUUGACUGCAUCUUCAUUCGGUUGACUGAGAAUAAAGUCAUUUUUGGCCAGCUGGUCUUCUGUUUUGAAUGUCUGGUUGGGAAUAACACAUUUCCCCUGGCCCUUGUUCACCCUUUUGAUGUUCCUACUGGUUUGCGCACUCGGAAGGACAAGGAUCUCAACCUUUACAGAGUUCAUGCAAGACCACAAGCACAGGCACAGUUUUUUCCUGUUAGAUCAUUCAUAUGCAGGGCCCUUCUGAUAGCAGAUGGACCUUCUGAUGAUCUCAUAGUUGAUACUGCAGAUACUGACAUGUUUCUUUGCAUAAAGAUGAUGCAUCUGGAGGCAGGGCACAUUGUGUGCAUUUGA